UCUGUGGCCACGUUGAUGGCCCUUAUCUCUUUGCCCACCUGGCUCUGUGCAGCACUCCACUGCCGUGGCCAGGAUGGGCUUGUGCGUUCAGUGUCCUGGUUAGUGCGGCAAUAGCAGAUCCUACUGUCGUUUCCUUCUGGUCUCUGCUUCUCUGGGAAGAAAACAGCCCAAAGAUGAGAGUGAUUCGCGUGGGUACCCGCAAGAGCCAGCUGGCGCGCAUACAGACGGACAGCGUGGUGGCAAUGCUGAAAACCUUAAACCCAGGCCUGCAGUUUGAAAUCAUUGCUAUGUCCACCACAGGGGACAAGAUUCUUGAUACUGCACUCUCUAAGAUUGGAGAGAAGAGCCUGUUCACCAAGGAACUGGAGCACGCGUUAGAGAAGAACGAAGUGGACCUGGUCGUUCACUCCCUGAAGGACCUGCCCACUGUGCUUCCUCCAGGCUUCACCAUUGGAGCUGUCUGCAAGCGAGAGAACCCCUAUGAUGCUGUUGUCUUCCACCCAAAAUUUGUUGGGAAGACCUUAGAGACCUUGCCAGAGAAGAGUGUGGUGGGAACCAGCUCCCUGCGGAGAGCAGCCCAGCUGCAGAGAAAGUUCCCACAUCUGCAGUUCAAGAGCAUCCGGGGAAACCUCAACACUCGGCUUCAGAAGCUGGACGAGCUGCAGGAGUUCAGUGCCAUCAUCUUGGCUGCAGCGGGCCUGCAGCGCCUGGGCUGGCAGAACCGCGUGGGGCAGAUCCUGCACCCCGAGGAAUGCAUGUACGCUGUGGGUCAGGGGGCCCUGGGCGUGGAAGUGCGAGCCAAGGACCAGGACAUCUUGGACCUGGUGGGCAUGUUGCACCAUCCAGAGACCCUGCUUUGCUGCAUUGCCGAACGAGCCUUCCUAAGGCACCUGGAAGGAGGCUGCAGCGUACCUGUAGCAGUGCACACAGCUAUUCAGGAUGGACAACUGUACCUGACUGGAGGCGUCUGGAGUCUGGAUGGCUCAGAGAGCAUGCAGGAGACCAUGCAGGCCACCAUCCACGUCCCUGCCCAGCAUGAAGAUGGCCCUGAAGAUGACCCACAGUUGGUGGGCAUCACUGCCCAGAACAUUCCACGAGCAGCCCAGCUGGCUGCUGAGAACCUGGGCACCAGCCUGGCCAACUUGUUGCUGAACAAAGGAGCCAAGAACAUCUUGGACGUCGCCCGGCAGCUUAAUGAUGCCCACUGACGAGUCUGUGGUGGGCUGCUGCUGCCCAGGCUGGCACCCCAGGCCUCAGGGGCCUGAACUGCAGAGUCAGACUUCCAGGGAUGGCCUUGCCUGCUCAGUACCUGGGGCCUCUUCUCUUUAGACCUCAAGCCUUUGAAAUGUAAUCAACUCUGCUAAUAAACCAUCUCGGAAGGUGCCUUUGUUUUGGGGGGCUUUGCAGGAAAGAGGACACAUGAAACCCUUUACUCCUUCAGAGGCUGGGACUGCCCAGCGCGCUUCUGGAGCCUCCUUGUUUCUGCCUCCCUCGUUCUCAUUUCACCUCCAACAGCAGAUUGUCUCCCGGGGACAUUAAAGAAGCUAUCAUCUUAAAGUCCUGUUUGCUCUGUUAACCAGUCUUAUAACAGCGUCUCCCCUCCCCCACAGUCCCCCCAGAACAGAGGGACCUAACUAAAGUCAUCAAUCCUACAAGGCUGCGGGGCAAAAUGAAAACAGGAUACAUUUCUUAAAAAAUCCUUUAAUAAACAAAAUCUGUCCAUCUGAAA